GGAGCAGGGAUGUCUCUGGAUGUCUGACACACAGAAGGUCUGAAUGACAUAGAUUUCUGGGGCUAGCCAUAUUUGGGUUUUUGGUGUUCUGAACAGCAAAUAACAGGACUGGCCCUACCAUUAGGCAGAGUGAGGUAAGUGUUUUGGAUGGCAAAUACUGGGAGGGAGUGGGGGGCACCCCACAUUUGUUUCUCCUCAGCCUCCUCAUACCCUUCUGUUGGAGCUGUGUUUGCCAUUUGGUCUGUCCUGAGCCCCCAGAACUAGCCUGUUGCCCUCAGGUACAGUGCAGGAUACUAACCCAUUGCCCGUACUGAAAUAAGACUUAAUCACUAGUCCAGCUGACUUCCAAACAUGGAAUGUGGGGUGUAUAUUCUUGGCCUUGGCUCCAGGCAGCAAAAUGUAUUGAGCCAGAGUUCCUGGGGCUGAUGAGCAGCAUGGGAGCAAUAAGGUAAAGGUAAAGGGACCCCUGACCAUUAGGUCCAGUCGUGACCGACUCCGGGGUUGCGGCGCUCAUCUUGCUUUAUUGGCCGAGGGAGCUGGCAUACAGCUUCCGGGUCAUGUGGCCAGCAAAAAAGAUUCCCUAGCACUCAGCACAAAGGGAUACUGAACUCUGCAAAGCCCUAAAGGACCUACCCAGAAGUAGGAUGUCAAGGGGUUGUGUAGGAAGGAGGGCUGGAAUAUAGUUUGCAGGAUGAGGUGGAAGGCUAAGGAUGAGAGCAGCCAGAAGAUAUCCUUGAGGAGGACAUCUAGGCCCCCCAAUGGAUCAGGUGAUUCCCUUUUGAAUCCUUGGGAUGUGCAGAUUCCUUAGAAUGUCAGUCACUGAGGGUGUGGCGUUGCACACAGGGGCAAAUGGUGCCCUUAUCGAUUAGCUGAUCCCGUCAUCUUUCCCUUGGGACAGCACUGCCACAUGUCUGAGUGUUCUCCAAGAUGUAAAUUUAGGGGCUUCCUGAAAGGGUUCCAAGAAUAGCUGACACAUGCAGGAUUAAUCUGACCCGUGGAUCUUCUCUUCGCUUUGCAGAUGUGGGCAAAUGGCACGUACCCCCUAGGCGAGGCCUUCCCUAACCAUUCAGCCUCUUUGCAGUGUGCUGCUGAAGCCCAGUUCCAGCACCUGCUCCUGCCCAUCACAUACAGCCUGGUUUGCGCCCUGAGCUUGGCCUCCAACACUGUAGCCUUGUGGAGCAGCUGGGCCACCCGGGCCCAGGCACCCCCGAUCAUGAUUUUCACCUACAACCUCAUCGUCAUUGACCUGCUGUUUGCCCUGUCGCUGCCAUUACAGGCUGUGUACCAUGCCAGGCGCAAUGACUGGCCCUUUGGUGAAGGCCUGUGCAAGGCCACCAACGCCCUCUUUCUGGCCAACAUGUUCAGCUGCACGCUUUUCCUGGCCUGCAUUUGCCUGGAGCGCUACCUGGCCGUCAUCCACCCCAUCCUCUACCUGCGCCUGCGGUGGCCCCUCUACCGUGUGCUGAUCUCUAUGGCUAUCUGGUCCGUGGUAGGGAUUGGGCUGCUGACCCUGUUCUCCAAGAGCACCGUGACCCAUCGCUUCCCCAACGGGAAUACAGCCUGCAUGGAGCACUUCCCAGCUCGUGUCUGGAGCGGAGGCCUGGCCGCCAUGGUUUUGGCCUCCUCAGUGCUGGGCUUCUUCCUGCCUUUCCUCACCAUCAUCAUCUGCUCCGUCGUGAUUGCCCGGCGCAUCGUGAACCUGAGACGUGGCUCAGGCCAAGGUUCUUUGCUGCGGAGGAACCCGCUGCAUACCCUCCUGAUGGUGACCACCCUGCUCACCGUCUGCUUCCUGCCCUUCCAUAUCAUCCACAUUCUGCACACACUAGGCCGGAUUGGGGUUCUGCCUGCUCCGCAGCUGCUGCGCUUCACUUGUUCAGCCCAGCGGGCUGCCAUGGCCCUGGCUAGCAUCAACAGUGCUCUUGACCCUCUGGUUUACUACUUCAACAUGAAGCCUGCCAGCUGGAGGCUGCCCUGCUGUGGCGCAAGCAGCCAGAACCUCGUGGAUUCAGGCAAUCUUGCAGUAGAGGGCCUCAGGAGCAUGAGCUAACUGGAGGUCCUACCUAGGAUCCACAGCAUUGUCCGACUUCUUGUGGAGUGCUCAACACCAGCACCAUCAGAUGAUAUUGCCCAUUGCCUUUUGAACUACUAGAAUGGCCUCCUGGUUUGAAUAAGGCAAAAGGAUAAAAUAAUCUUAAUGACAAGACACCCUAAGCUGGUUGAAGGGUUUUUUUUGGGGGGGGGGGGUUCAGUGGUAGAUGGUAUGCCUGUAAUUUGGAUGUGGCUGUUCCAAGCCAAGUUAUGGGGGAAUGAGAAUAUUAGCAGAGUUCAAAGACUGAAUCAGGUUUGUAACCAGAGAGACAAUCCAAAGGCAAUGGAAGCAGGAACAGCUCUAGAAAGAAGUGCAAGAAGACUGGGAGCCCAGACAGUGGUGUGAUUUGGGAAGCAACGCAGAAGUGUGCUUGUUGAAGAGAUAAAGGGUAAAAGAGGUGUUUGGCAGGCAGGAAUCAGAAAUCAGGGAAAUUAUUAUUAUUAUUAUUAUUAUUAUUAUUAUUAUUAUUAUUACUUAUACCCUGCCCACUCUGGGCGGCUCCUAACAGAAUAUUAAAAACACGAUAAAACAUCAAACAUCAAUAACUUCCCUAAACAGGGCUGCCUUCAGAUGAAACAGCAUGUAAUGGAGUUCAUCAGGUCCUUGCAAUAUUUGUUUGGCUAAGUGGGAUAAAUUCCUGCUCAAAAUCAGGAGGACCUGAGGUAGAGAUAGGUAAGUCCUUCCGAGGCUGGUCUGGAAAUUAUAUUGAGGUACAAUUUGCUGGAUGUCCACUGGGACAUGAAGAACUUUAGUGCAAACCUUAAUCCCUGGGCACUGCUGUACAUAUGUGGUACAUUCAGAGAAGCUGGGAGCCAUAGGAAGUCACUCACCCCACGGUUCCCAGCUUUCCUUGACACACUGUAAACAAGUAGCAACAGCUCAGCUCUCAGAAACCACUGUGGUAUACCUAGUCCAAAUGGAACCAUCCACCUCUGCAACCUAUAGGGCUUUUCCUGCCUGUGUUAAAACUCCCAAGUUAGAAAACUUCUAAGUUUUCUAUGUGAUUACUGUGCAUGGAUCUACAGCACUAUGUUUUGGCAAAAGUUACUUAGGCUGUGAUCCUGAAUUCACUGAAGAGUAAGCCCCAUUGAAAUUAAUGGAUUUAGUUUUUGGUAGACAGUUUUAAUGUACCAUUGGGGUAGGAAUUGGGGAUUGAGCAAAUGAACCUGAUGACUGGAUGUUUCUUGAAUCAACAGUUCACCUGCAGGUCUGUUAUGAGUAGGGGUUGGCAGAUUUUGUGUAAGUAUGAGAAACAGCAGAUUUGAAGCUGGGGUUACAGAGACAGAGGGCGUCAUGGCCUGGCAAACACCAGAAACUCUCUGAUGUGGAUGGGGAAACUUCUUCCUUAUAUGAGUGCCUGUUUGUCUCCACUUAUGCACCACUUUUGUAUUAGUAAAUAAAGCAAAUAUUACAAAGACA